CAUAAAUAAUCGUGUUUGCGGGCCCGUCCGCGCGAAGCGUCCACAUUGGAGGACGCGCACUCAUUUUUUAAGCACCAGCCAGCUUGCCUGAGCCACACUCCAAGUCCCUUCGCGUGAGGAGGCGUGCAAGGCACCCAACACAGCUGCAGGGGUGCAGCACGAUGGGCCCGCCGCGCGACAAGCAGGUCGCGCUCUCGACGUUCUCGUAUGUCUUCAGCGAGCUUGUUCAAUACAACAUGACGAAGAUUAGGAGCUCAGCGGAACUCGAAGCCAAUCUGGAAAAGCUGGGCAAGGACCUCGGGAAGCGAGUCCUCGAUGCUUUGUUUCACCGCGACCGCCUCACGAAGCGCGAGCUCACUGAGGUGGGAAUAUUACAAUUCAUCUCCACGACCGCGUGGAAGGCCUUGUGGGGCAAAGCCGCCGAUUCCCUAGAAAGAUCUACGGAUCGAGAGGAUGAGUAUAUGAUAGUAGACAGUGCUCCAUUGGUCAAUCAGUUCGUGUCCGUGCCGGCCAACUUAGGCGCUUUGGAUUGCGCGGCGCUGAUGGCGGGGGUGGUGGCAGGGAUACUGGUGUGUGCCCGGCGUCCCAUACGCCAUCGACGCGACUCACCACUCGCCCCGCGCAGGACGGCGCCUACUUCGCUGCGAAGUGUACCGCUCAUCCUAGAGAAGAGGGCGGGACCGUGUUCCUCAUACGUAUCGGGCACGACGAGGCUGAGGAACAAAAAGAGCCGGAGCUCGUCGAGAUGCGGCCGGUCCUGCCGCUGGCGGACCGGGCGCUGGCAUGAUUCUAAGUAUGUAGUAGUGAAUAG